UGCGCCCCAGCCGCACACGUGGGGCAGGCCGGCCAGCCCGUCCCGGGAGCCUCGGCUGGAGGGCAGCGGCGGCGCUUCGGCUAUGGGCAAGACCAAGGCCCGGCGCUUUCGCCCGCCGCCCUUCGCUCCAGCCGGGAGCCUGGGCGAGCCGGCGGCGGCGGAAGGCGAGGCGGGCGAAGAGGAAGGCUCCCCGGCCGCCGAGCUGCUGGAGAAGCUGCAGCACCCCAAUGCCGACGUGCGUGAAUUUGCCUGCGCCAACAUUUCCAAGAUGUUGCAGCAGCAACAAACAAUCCCGGCUUUUGUGCAACGAGAUGUGGUCCGGCGGCUGGGCCCGUUGCUGCUUGACCCAAGCUUAGUGGUUCGGGAGACGGCAGCAGGAGCACUCCGAAACCUCAGUGCCUGUGGAGGAUUUGAAGUUUGCAACGAUAUGGUCACUAAAGACAUCAUGACUCCUCUUGUAGCGUUGUUGAAGGAGUGCCGGGCAGGACUUAUAGAAAACAAUAGUUCCUUGAAGGAAGAUAAGCAGGCAGAGAAGAACCAUCCUGAGGACAUUGCUAACGAAGGUGUGAAUUUGCUGUGGAAUGUGUGUGAAUGCAACAGUACAGCCGUAUCAAUAUUCAACAAAGAAGGAUGCUUAGAUGUUAUUCUACAAUAUCUGAAGAGGUUUCAUACAAAUGUUGAGCUGGCUAUUGCUGCGGCAUCCUGUUUACAAACGGUGACAGAAGACAACCCAGAUCUACUAUCAUCUUUCGAUGCAUCUGCGCAUCAGGUGCUGGAAAUGGUCAUGUUAUCAUCAGAGAAAGAUAUGGACCACAUCCUUUUGCGGACUUUGGUGGCAGGGGUAGCGUGGAACGUAAAGAGCACCGUGCCCUCGGGCAGCCAGGCGGGAACCAUCAAUGCUAUCCUAAAGAUUUUCUCGGACUGUCUAGCGGUGGACGCCGGAGAGACAGUUGUUCGGAUGAAGGAAGCCGAAACGGAAAGGUUGAAGACUUCGGUGGAAGGAAAUGGCGUGAACGGAGGUAGCACCACACAGAUAGACGAGAACAGCAUGGAAGAGGAAACUGGAAGGAUCACUCAAGGGGAGAAGGACCUGUUGGAUCUACUGCCACGCAGCCAGCAGGAGCUGAAGCAAGCGAGUGCGUUACUUUUGGCUCAACAAACUGCCCUGGAAAUCAUUGUCAACAUGUGCUGCAACGAAGAUGCUUCUGACGAAGAAUGGGAAGAGUUAUCAAGCAGUGAUGAAAGUGAUGCCUUUCUGGAUAACAGUUAUGAAGAAGAAGGGAAGCUGCUUUCUCCGUUGUGCCUUUCAGCUGAAAUCCACACCGCCCUGGUCAACCAGUUAAUCCCAAAGAAGAUCCUGGAAAAAACUGCUUUCCCUAGUGGAGUUACGGUCAAUGUCUGUAUGCAACAUCCAUCUUGGAAGGCUCUGAUUAAGAAGUUGAACAUGAUCCAGUGCAGAGCGCUCACCUGUCUUCACAGCAUCUUGCUGGUGUCAGAUGUGGAUAGCCUGGGGGGUCCUUCAGUGCUUCAAUCCCUGUCACAGCACUUGUCUCAAUUAAUUUUUUCCCAGCCAGAAUUUUCAAAAGAAGUGGAGUUUCUAGAAGCAGUCACCAGUGCGUUGCGAGCUCUUUUGCAAAUGUUGGCAUCAAAUAAUAUACCUCAGUGCAUGACCCCGGAGCAGCUGAUGAUUCUGUGUGACACUGGAAUUCAAAGCACAAACGUCAGCGUCCGAAUCAAUGUUGUGAGCAUAUUAGGAAUUGCUGGGAGUGUGCUUGCCAAAGUGGAAGACACCGCUGAGACACUCAAGAACAUCGGAAAAUUCCUCCUCAAUGUUGCAACGAAAGACCCUUCCCUUGUGGUGGUGGGAGAAGCCUUGGAUGCUCUCUUCGAUGUUUUUGCCGAUGGCAAAGAAGCGGAAAAGGCAGUGGAGGAAAUAAAAUUGCUUUAUGCGCUAAAGGAAUUCCAGCCCAUUUUCAAGUCACGGAUGCGAAAGGAAGGCAGAGGACAGUACAACACAGAACAACUGUGCGUUCUAGACAACGUGAAGUUGAAUUUAAGAAGAUUUAUUGCCUAUCAAGAGACGUUGGACAGAAAGAAAAAAGUUUUGGAAGAGAAAUAGGAUGGAAAGCUCUGUUUCUGAUAUAGUCUAUCGAAUAUUUUAACCGUGGAGUCUAUGGGACCUUGUAGUACAGCUAGUCCAGGGGUAGGCAACCUUGGCUCUUUUAUGACUUGUGGAUUUCAACUCCCAGAAUUCCUGAGCCAGCCAUGCUGAGGAGAAAGGGAGAGGUUUCCAAGCUGAGCCAUGCUGGCUCAGGAAUUCUGGGAGUUGAAGUCCACGAGUCCUAAAAGAUCUAGUCAGAGGCAAGGGCGGUGGUCUGCUUUUCCUUCUGUGUGUCUUAUAUUGAAGGGGGGGGGGGGGGAAGGGGGACAGACAAAAGUGCUAAAAUGAAUUCAGUACCACACAGGGUUAAAAUUUGUCGUUGAUGUGGAAUGUUUUGCCAUUUUUAGAAAAAGAAUGAGCAAAAAAAUCCAAAAUAAAAAAAGUGUCCAUUUUCUUAAUAUGGACAAAAUAAUGUGAUUUCCUUGAUUAUACACUUCAGGGUUUUCUGUUUGUUUGUUUUUUUGAAGUAAAAAUACAAUGUAAAAAAAUAGUUUUCUCAGUGCCCAAAUAUGAAGAAUGUUUUAUAGAUAACAGCCAAGUUCACACAUUGUAUUUUUCUAAUAUACAUAAUAUACAGAAGUAUAUUUCUUCAUAUUGUAUUUGAAAUCCUUUAGCCCAAAGCUGUUAAAAUGCAAAAUAACUACGUUUUCUACCAAAAGGAGUCUAUGUUUUGUGUUUAGAUUCAGUGCUGGUGAACGAUAGCAAUAAUUGACAUUCCCAUAAUUUAUGAUAGUUGUAUUGGAUAAACUAUGAUAAAACAGAUUAAAUUAUAAAUUAUGGUACCCUGAGUAAAUUGACACAACUUGGGGGACUGUCAAAUAAUGUCUUGCUGUGUGUAGCCCGAACAAGCCUUUCUCUCCAUUCAGCCAAGAGGCUGGAUCGAAUAAAGGCCAGCUAAUAAAAAAAAAUAAAAAUAA